AUGAAUUUAUCUGCAAACUCGCUCCCACCCAAACUUACAGGUCCAAUUAAAUCCAUCCUGCACUUAUGCACUGACAAACUCGUAUGGACUGAUCCACCAUCCCCAUCUCGCAGUAACAAUCAAUCACAACAAAACAUAUUGCUGCCUUCCGCACGUGUACGAGUAUCAUGGUGGGGUGAAGAUCCACCUGGUGUCGUAUUACAGCCGUCAAUCACUGGCGCCGGUGUCGUGAAAUCGCCACGGCCAUCGUCAUUGCCCAUACUUCAAUCCAGGAUACAUGGGAAUAGUGUUGCUACACCACCACCACCGAGUACAGCAGUCGCAAAAGAUACCAUAAAAUACGCUGUACGGUGUGGAAAGAAACAAUUCGCUCAAUACUUAAAAGAUAUGGGGAGCUUGAAACUACAGAUCGUGACUGGUGGACGUGUUGUUGGGAUUGCUAGUAUCAAGACCUUGAAUUCGCUUUGUGAAGAGUCGGAACAUGAUGGCAUCAAUGGGUUCUUUCCUGUUAUGUCGGUGCAGCAGAGUCCGUCGGGAGAGAUACAGACGCUGGGCAGAAAGUUGGGAGAGUUGCACGUUGUUGUUUCGUUGGAGGCUGUGUCGGGUUCGAUGAUUAGCGCUGGUAGUAGUAGUCAUAGCUUGCCGCAGGUGGCUCCACGUCAGGAAAUGGAUUUGGCGGAUAUGGUCGUUGAGUCAAGGCAACCGCCUUUAGUGAAUGCUUCUAAAGUUGAAGUUACGAGGAUGGAUACGCCUGCAAGUGGGGUUGUGGAUGCGGAGAAGCUGGAUAGUUUCAUGAAGGAUUCAUCACUGAGCGAUAUACAGCUUCCACAAUUACCUGAUCUAGACACAUCUGUCGAUCUUGUAGCAGCGGGAAACACCACUACAGACUCCGUCCAACGUGACUUUGAAAUAGAAUCGUAUCAAGAAAGUGACGAUUACACAUCAUCAGAUCCACUUGAUGUCGAAGACGACGUCAUCAUAGAAGCAAUAAAUUCACGUGCCGGACGGUCACUGCUUGAUCGCCGGCUAUUAAACUCUCGGUCGAACGAUAUGGUUGAUAUUCAUGACGGGAGUAUAGAAGAUCGUGAUGAUGAGGACGAUGAGGAAGUGUUGCAAGGACUGGAUCUUGAUGAUUUGUAUAGUGAGGAUGAUAUUACGCCUAAACAGCUAGCCAAGGAGGUUGUGGCAAAGCCGGUAGCGCAAGUGCAGCCACAGGAGCCGCCGAUACAUAGUGGUAUACCGUUGUCGAUAGAUACAUUGACUUCGUUGGGUCGAGUAACAACGGCCGUGAUUCAUAUCGCCAGGCUUGAAUUGUUACCGUCUGUCUUGUCACCGUUGACUACCCACUAUAAUAUAAAUGUAACUCUGCCAUCAUCUACGCCGCCAACUGUAUUACUACCUCCAAAUGAUGACAAUAUGGUAACUGCACCUGCUCCGCCACGGUUAGGAUCAUACAGACCCUCCACCGCUAUUAACGCUAAGCCACCAACACCUGUAACUGUAUUGUUUGAUCGCACUCUGAAACUACCCAUCCGGUUUGAUGAAACGAGUAUCAAGACAUGGAUGGCAAGGCCGUUACAACUCAAACUCGAAGCUUCACAAUCGUUUUCUCGAGCUUCUGAAAUAAAGAGAACGCGACGUGUGUGGUCUGGUACCGGGUUGAUUGCUGGUAAAGUUGUUUUGGAGGCUAUGAGGAAUAGAUGGAGUGGUCCGGUCAAGAUAUGGACUGAUAUUAGUGAUUCAGCUGCAGUAGUAGGAGGAAGUGGUAAAAAGGCAGUACGAGCCAGACGUGAAAUUGGCGAUAUGAUUCUGGACGUGUCGCUAGUGGAAGAGUUUGUUGGGCAUUCUAGUUAUAAUUCUAAUCCAAAACCAGCCGUUACGUUUGCUGCCACUACGCCCCCACCCUCUAGUCCACGCCAACAACCAGCCGCUAGUAUCGAAAACGCCAGUAUAGCUGCACCACCGAUAUCGCCUGCUAUAGUAUUACCACCACCACCACAAUACUUUUAUUUCCGUGUCAGCACUGCACGUGCUUUGGCUGUCUUGCCACCUGUUCCUGGGAGCACGACAUUACUUUCUGUAUCUGUCAGACUGUUUACGCCAGGUCCACCUAUUGAGAGUGCACCUGUUCAGUAUCGGGCGCCGUUUGAUUUAAGCACUGGAAAGGUUGGAGAGCCUACUGAUUUUGCAUUUGUUUAUACGGUGCCAGUCGCGGCCACACCAGAAUUCUUCUCAAAACAUUACAACAAGCCACUGAUACUCGAAGUAUGGGCUAUGGAAACAGCACAUGAUGAAGGACCACGAUUAUUAGGACUAGUCAAACUCCCACUACAUGCACUCUUGGCUGCCGCAGAAGCACGUCUUCUUGGUCCCAACAAUUCAUCACAAGAAGCUGUAAUGGUGCCUGAUGCAGAGUAUGCUCUGAUUGAUCCAUUCACGGGAAGUGGGAAAGGAUGGGUUAAAUCCUUUUUGGCAUUUGGAUCUUGGGCUGAGAUAUGUAGAGUUAGGAAGGGACUUGAUGAUGAUAAUGAGGGGUAUAAGGCACGGCUUGCCGAGAAGCGGGAGGCCAAGGCGCGAAAAAAUCAGGCUGCUGAAGCGUCUAGAGUUGAAGAGGCGAAGAAAGCCGCGGACGCAGCUAAGCUCAAGAGCAAUAGUGCCGAAAUUAGUCUUGAAGUAACCGUACAUCGAGCUUGUGGACUCAAACCACUAGUAGCAUCUGCAGCAUCACAAACUUCUCAAGGCACCUACGGACCAUUAGAUCAUGCCUUGGAAGUUGGAGCAAGUCCAUACGUAGCGAUGUAUGUAUUCGCACCCGAUAAUCGACCACGACAUAACGAUGCUCUAGAUGAUGCCACCACUUUAAUACGAACCCGGACUCUGGCGUCAACGUUUACGCCAGACUAUGAACAAACUGUAAUUGUUGGGUUGAAGGGACUAGAUUAUGAUAUCGGAGAGUGGAUUAUGAAGGGUGGUGAGCUUUAUGGUGAGAUACGGCAUCAUAUGUCUGGGACACUGGAAACGGAUGUUUUGCUUGGUACAUUCUCUGUCCCGUUGGUGAAUGUGCUUACGAGAUCAUAUGGGAUCUCGCAAGUUUGGCUGCCAGUGAUUGAUGCGUCUGGUGGUAGCACUCCGGCAGCCGUGCAGGUAUCUGUUAAAGCGCCCAAUCUAGAAGAUCAAGUUAUGGGUGGGCUGGUUGGAACACCGUCUAGCGAACAAACAGAUUUAAGAGCACGUCUAAAACUACAGAUUGGUGAAAUAAUAUUGCCGAAUCGGGAAGUUGAUGUCUUGGAUUGGAUGCGUACUAGCCAGAACAGUAUCUUGGAUCCUGUUGAAGAGGGGAUCUGGUUGCGCUGGCGACCACACCAUGUCGGAGCAUGGCAGGAAUCUGCGAUACAUUAUAUAUCAGACCGAUCUUCGCCGCUUGAUUUGGGGUAUCAUGGGUUUUUGGACGUUGAAGUUAAUCCAACUGAAUUACAAUUGUUGGAUGUUGAGGUGUGGAGUCAGCCUGCUGGUACUCCAAAAGACUCAGAAAUUGUUGGGUCUGCCGUUGUUGAUUGGACGUCUAUGGUCGACUCAUUACGACGUGCACGACGACGCUCGAAUAGUGUAGAGACUACAGUCGCUAAACUAGAUCAGGAUGCCAUGCUAAUACAUCCUCAAAAAGCCAAUUUAGGUGGUGCGCAACUUGAUCUACAUGUUGAGUUGCAAGCAUUGAAACCUGUAGUGAUGAAUAAUGUGUUUGGAUUGACUUCUCCUAUACCGCAACCGAUACCGGCUCCACAUCCAAUGGCUGUUAAGCCCGUGCCCGUAAUAGUUAAUCCAGUGGCUACUGUACCAAUCCAUGUAUCUAUAUUCCGUGCACAGCAUAUCCCGGCAGUGCCCGAUCUGUUAUCUGUCGAAUCACCGUUUGCUGAUCCGGGGACGACGCAGAUGUCUGCUCCGCAUGUGUAUGUGACGUUUACGUGGCCGCAGCAACAGGGUGUAUCUGUAGGACAGCAGACGUUCAAGACUCCCAUAGCACGACCAGGUGGCAGUCCGAUCUGGGAAGUUGAUUUUGUAGUGUAUGCGGAAAGGACGUUGAAUGCGCUGUCUGCUUUACGUGGUACGCCACGUAGUGUACUUGAUGUGCAUGUGUGGCAUAGUAUAAAGACAAACCGUAUAUCAACGGCAGAUGAUGAUGCAAUCAAGAUUGGAACUGCACGGGUUGAUCUAAGUGCUCUUGUUAGCGGUGUACGUGAAUUACAUGGAUGGUAUGCUAUUCAGCGGCAAGAAGACGUGAAUGGGACAACGUGUGGUGAAUUGCUCGUACGUGUUCGACCAAGUGAGGAUUUGACAGUGUUGAUGAAAGAGCUUGGUGGAUCACCGUCUAGACGUGAUGACGUACUAGUAUCGCCUGAUCGCAACACGCCGCCGGUUUUACUGCCUACUAAAGGUGUUACUGUUAUUGUGCCGUCGCCGGAUCGCCAGAAUGGUGAUAAAGGCACCGUGGCGGCUGCCGCUGCUGCUUCUGCUGGACAAGUAGAUAGUGGCAAUAGUCAGACGGUCGAUACGUGGGUGUGGAAUGGAUCUGCUUGGGAACAUAAACGAGUUGAAGUUUCGGGGACUUCUGCUGUUGUGCUUCCGACAGAUGUAGUUAAAACUGAUCAAGAUCCUCGUGGUGGGCUGAGGAAGGCGUUAGAUGGUGUUGAAGAGGUUGGGAGGAGGAUUCGACAGCGGUUGGGAACUGAACCGAAGGAGUCAGUAGCUGUUGGUAAAAAUGUAGUACAGCAGCCUAAUGUCACUGAAUUUGUGGCAUUGCCUGGUGCUCCUGAAGUGUUGUGUCUACCAAAUGAAGUCAGGCAUCGGCCAAAGACGCCACAAGAAGUUUAUGAUGAUGGGAUGGUGAUUCCACCUAGGCCAAAGACUCCAAUCGUUGACAGACCGAUAACUCCUACUGUUGACUUACCACCUAGACCGAUAACGCCAGCUGUUGAUUUGCCACCUAGACCAGUAACUCCCGCUGUUGAUUUGCCACCUAGACCCAAAACACCGUCUAGUAGUAUAGCACCACGAUCAAAGACACCAAUUACUCAUAACAAAUCACCUAGACCAACAACACCAAAACUGUUGAAAGCUCCAGUUAUAUUACCUCCCAGACCACAAACUCCAUCUACAUUUACACCACAGUCACCGAUAAAUCUACCACCUCGUCCGCGCUCCACAUCCCCAACUAGCGGCUCUUGGAGACACCAUCAUCAUAAUCUCUUGCUGCUCAAACCAAUGGCUCAAUCAAUGCCACCUAGACCAACGUCAGCAUCUAUGCAAGCAUCUAGUCCGAUUCCCCCACGGCCGAAAUCACCGUCUAGGAAUGUAGUGUCGUUGUCGCCUGCAUUGUCGCCGACAAGUAGAUAUAUUCCUGCUGUCUCUACCGGUGCAUCUCCCAUACAAGCUUCUCGAGAGGUAUCUAGACCACGGACACCACAAUCACCGGAAUGGUUUACAACUUCCCGGUUUGGACGUGAUACGCCGAUUGUGAAUUCUAAACUUGCGUCAUUGUCGUCGUCCAACUUAAAGGAUUCUGGAGUUAGUCCUGAACGACAUGGUGUUGAAGUUUUUGAGUUGGAUGAGCUCUCUGUAUUGUCUGGCUGGGCAGAUAGAUCUGCUACCAAUAUAGAACCUCCACGACGGUUGUCUGUCGACGACGCCGAAGGAGAACAGGACGAAGAAGAAGACGCUCAUGUCGCGACUGCAAACAUCCUAGAACAGCUACAUCAACUCAGACAGCAGACCGAUGUAGCACUAGGUCGCAUGCCAUCACCACGUAUCCCAUCAACUAUUGAUGAUGAUGAUAACGAUGUUGAAAGUGAAUCUGAUCCAACUGAAGCGUUUGACGAUGUCGAUAUUGGACUUGGUAAUCAAGAAGAAGAGUACAACCAGCUGGACGAUUUAGAUAACGACGAGAUGGAAGAAGAAGGUACAACUACUGGUGACGAUAGUGACGAUUAUAUUGUUGCGUUUCGUAGAAUAGGUCAAAAACCAAGUGUGUUUGAAUCUAGACCGCCACUUGCUGCUCUAUCGUCUAGUAUGCAUUGGGCGAGGUGGAAGGAUGAUAAGGAGUUGGAAUCGCUGCCGCUACCGAAUGUUGGUGGUAGCAGUAGUGGUGGGAAUACUGGUGGUGAGAAAAAGGAUGGGGAUGCUGCGAGAGUAUCGCGUAUGGCGAGGAUUCUGUUUGAGUGA